AUGCGAGGGCGGAGGUGGGCUUUAUCACUUAUGGGAGGGCGGAGGGCUCAAUUUGGGCCGGGUUUGUUGAUUGCGCUGCGACGGGUUCUUUCGAGAAUACAAACUGGCAGUAUACGGAUCAGCAGCAAGAAAAAUGUAGACCAAGAUAAAAGAGGGAUCGGCUGGACCUCAUCUUUUAUAGUGAAUAAUGGUGGUAAUGCUUGCGUUUACUAUGGCAAGUCAUUACUAUCAAAAUAUGCUGCGAAAGGUGAAACUCAAAACUUCAUACGAAAAGACAUUGUGUGA